ACUUUCAUAACUUACUUCGUCCUAUUUUCCUCUGCUCCUAAACCCUCCUUGCCUAAGACCCGCAACCCCGUCUUCUCCCAUUCCUCUUCCGCGUUUUGCCGUCACUCCGGUACCUCAAAUCGGAGUAUCUCAGAUCCUUUUUAUGAAAACGCUUUGAAGUAUCUCUUUGUAGUUUCUAGUUGGUCUGAAAAGGCAAAAGUAACACAUAGCACUGCUCCAUCUAUGGUUACCCACACACCGUUACCAUAAUUCGCAAUCGAACCCCUUCUAGAAUACUCGCUCUGAGAACAUGGCCGAAAGCUCUUCGGCUGCGCCUCCACCGAAGCCUGUGGUGGUCAGGGUCAAACGCAAACCCUUUCAAUCUCCACUUGACGCUUUCUGGCUGGAAAUUAAUGAGAGGCCGUUGAAGCGUCCUCUGUUGGAUUUCGGAGGCUUAUCGAUCUCGGAUUCUGCUCAGAAGGUAGAAUUUCAUAACAAGAAGGUUUUUGUGCAACAUGUGGAGACAAUAAGCAGUUCUGAGGUCACCUUGGAUAUCGUGCAAUCCUUUGUGGAUCCUGGUUUCAGUGGUGCAUCUAGUUCCAAGUCCAAAAUUGAGGAAAGAAAGAACUUCUUCAAAAGGGAUAAUAAGCAAGAUCAGCUAUUAUUUAAAGCUAAACGAGAAAAAGAGUCUUUGGCAAAAGAUGCCCGCUUUGAACAAAUAUGGAAAAGCAGGAAGGGAAACAAAGGGACAGCGCAUGAUAAAGCAUUACAAGAAAUAUGCCACCUCUAUGACAUUGUCCGUGUUGACAAUGAAGGAAAAAAUAAGGAAGUGCAACAGGAAGAAAUGUCAUUGGAGGAUCAAAGACUUUUGUCUAGUUAUCUCCCUUUACUGAGAGAGUUUAUUCCUAAUGCGGCUACAGAGGUUGAAGCUGAUUUGAUUGCUCAUUUGGUUGGUCAUUCUAAAGAAGAGAAUUAUGUGUAUGACCUCUACACUGUGAAGGAUGAGAUGGACAUAAACAUUGACGAUUCUUCAUCUUCUUAUCCAUUAGUUCAAGUUGACGAGGAGGAGGACUAUUAUGAUGGACCAGAUGAUUCAGAAUAUGAAUCUGAUGACUCAAAUGCUGAAAACAAUCCACUGAAUGAUUAUCCGGAUGAAAUUUCUGAAGAGGUUGAAGACUCUGAGAAUGAAGAUUCUGAGAGUGAAUCAGAACGUGAACAUGACGAUAUUAGUAAUGAAUCAUCAGAUGCAGAUAUAGAACAUCAUAGUUUUUUCAAACAUGACGUGGAUCCCUUAUAUGAUGAGGAUUUUGAUGAAUACGAAGGUGCUGGUAGUCAUGAUGUUGAGGAUGCGGAUGAUGAUUGGAGGUGGUCUUACCGAUGAAGUUGACUUCAAUUUAAUUUUGCAGAAUGUUAAAUUACGGAGAAAAAUAGUUUUAGGAACAAAAUCAAACCUAUUGUGCAUGGGCCAUCGGACUAGACACUAUAGAUUUUUGGUUAUUAGUAUUAGCGAUGUUUAGGCAUUUUUGUCUUGAUGGACAACAGCUUUGAUGUUGAAAUUUGAGCUUACAAUGUUACAAACAAGGCUUUUACAUGCUCUGUUUUAUUAUGUUUGCUAUUA